AAAAUUAAGUAUAGCUACAUUUUACGUCUCUUUCAGUCAUUUACGUAACGUGUGGUGAAUUAGCGUUGUUAUAUUUGUGGAAAUUAAAGUAACUUUGAAAGUGAACGCUUAAAUUGAUGAGCUAUAAGCAAACAUAAACGAUGCGAAAAAGGAAUUUCUUAUUUGUUUGUGACCUACAUAGACGAUAAUGUACAUGAAUUUGACUUACGACGAGUACCAAAACACAUGUUGCGUAUUCAAAUUACACAAGAGAUAGGAUAUUGGAUUAUUAAAUGAAUUUUUCUAGCGGAAGGAAUAAAAUAUAUUGCAAACUGAGUUACGGAAACCCCUUAAACAAACACUUAAGUUCUCAUGAGGAAAAUAUAAAAAAAAUCAUAUAAGUUUGAAUGGGAUAGUACUCAGUCUAUUAAACGCGGUUUUGUUUUUAUAUUUUUUCUUAAUGAGACACUUGGGCGAUUCGAAUAGCAGUUAUUAUUGUAAAGUAUCGUAAAAUAUGCCCUGUCAGUAGGUAGGGUUUUUGUACAUGCUUUAUGUUUAAUACUGCGUGUUGAAGUCUGUUGAAAAAUCGUUUUAGUAAGAAUAAAAAUGGCGAAGUUUGUAACAGUGUACAAAAUAUUACUUUUAUUUUUCGUUUUGCAAUUUUUUUUCAAAUACAGUAAGGCUAAGCGCUUGCGGCGAGUGCGAAGGGGUUGGCUUUCAAGCGGAAAACCAACUGGAGUAAAAUGUGCUUUAAACCCGUGCUCCGUACCGGGUUUCUGCGGUACUGGACGUACUUGUGAAAUGGACGAAAACUGUAGACAUCAUUGUGAAUGUGACCAAGGUUCGACUCACGAGCUAUGUGCGGAAGAUGCGUUGGCACAGACAGCUACACCUAAACCUAUGAAAUGCACAUUUAAUCCAUGUUCAAGUUCGGCUUUUGCAUGUGACGGCGGCAGAAAGUGCGUACUCGACGACUUUUGUAUGCCCGAAUGUGCUUGCAUGGAUGGUUCUAAACACCCCUCUUGUCUCGAUCGAACUGAAACACCAACUAAACGCACAGUUGAGGAAACGACAGGUGUGGACAAAUGUAAAACUGGCGAAAUUCCAUGCAUUCAUGGUCAUUGUGCACGUGAUGGCGAUCAAUACAUGUGUGAAUGUGAUAAAGGCUGGGGUGGUGACACGUGCAAUGAGAGCAAAUGCACGAUGCAAUGCCCCAAGGGAUUUUACUGUCAUUUUGUCACUUCGUCGGUGCAGAUAUGUUUGGAAAGUAUUCCCGAGGAAACGACAGUGUCAACAAUGUUACCGACGCCGACGACGAAAACAAGCCUCAUUGCCAAUGUGUGCAAUGAGAGCUAUACAGCACGUGACAGUGAAGAGCAAAAAUGCCCGUCGGGAACCGCAUGCAAGUAUGGUGUCUGUAUUAAUAACGGUGAUGAAGAGAGAUGUAAGUGUGAUGCUGGUUCGUCGGGAACACUGUGUGAAUAUAAAUGCUGUCGGGAGUGUGGAGAGUUUGGUACCUGUGUUUUUGACGAAGAACUUGGUGAAACUUGUAGCUGCAAUGUAAAUUACACGGGAGUAAAUUGCACAGACCUGAAGUCGGAAUUGACUGAAGCAACUCCAGCACCUCCAGAAGAAGUCACGUGGCAUUAUUGGGUUGUUGGCGCAUGCGCAGUUCUCCUGCUGAUUCUCAUUACGUUGAUGGUUGUGGUUCCAUAUAUCAUGUGGCGAAAUCGCGUAAUUCUCGUGAUGAAGGUCGUGCAUUACUUCCAGGGAUACGAAGAUGAUGACGACAGGCAGUGGGAUGCAUUCAUAUCCUACAAAUCAAACAAAGCAGACGAGCAUUUUGUUGUAAAGACGUUGUUUCCAAAGCUAGAGAAGGAAAUGGGGUUCAAAGUCAACGUUCAUUUCAGGGACUUUGUUCCCGGAGAAAAGGCUAGAAGUUCAGCAAUUGCAAAUAACAUCAUCUCAGCGGUGCAAAGUUCUAGGCGAACAAUCAUGAUAAUCACUCCGUCCUACGUCACCAGUGAGUUCACCAAGUUCGAAUACCAGGUGGCGCAACAGGAAAUGCUGAAGAGAAAACACAGAAUUAUUCCGAUUCUGUUCGACGAUAUAUCGGAAUGCAAAGAGACCAUGGACCCGAACUUAAAAGUUAUUUUAGACUCUGUAACAUACAUAGAAUGGCCGAAAGAUGGAAAUGAGAAAAAACUUGCGAAAUUUUGGAAGCGGAUGGAGCUGUCUUUGCCCAAAAUCAAGAACCGAUCUGUUGAGGCGGACAAUACAAAAAGUCAAACCAACGGCACUGUAACAAUGACAAAGCCCGAGGACAUCAAUAUAUCACUCUCUAAUGAGAAAAGGAAAUCAAAAACUGAUAUACAGAACACUAAAAUUUAUACUAUGAUAGACGAGAAUAAACUAGACCCAGAAGAAGUGUAUGAUACUCUAAACGAAUCAGAAAUGCAAUCCAAAGUGAUUGCGAAGAAGGCUGACUCUAAUCAUAACGGCCAUGUAAAUGUGCUAAAGGUGGACGUCUAACUGACAUUUGUACUGGGACUUGAUAAAAUGUUAGUGAUUGGUACAGAACCGUUGAAGAAAUCGGUCUGAUUUGAAUAACGGUCGUCCAAGAGCUUAAGAAAUACCUUUUCUGUAAGCAUAGUAUAUAUGUAAGGGCAAAACGGCAAUAAAGGAUUUACAAGCAAUUGAGGGGUGAUGCAAUGAACUGUGCGCCAGAAGAAAUACUGAAAUACAGAGAGCCGAUAUCAUGAACACUUUGACUUCUAUCUUUUCCACUCUUUUCGGGAAGAUUUCACGUGCAUAGUGUAUUUCCUGUAGGUGGAAAAUCUGCUUAUGUUUAUAUCAGUAAGAACGUGCUAAGGCUGGAGAACAGAAGUUCGGUGAUGUAUCAAACCAGGUUGUACAAUUUAUUGUUUAAUAAUGUGCUGUCUGUUGAGUAAGAUGAGAUGUUGAUGAGUGUUUUGGGGUAUUGGGACUGUGUUUAUCAUUAUUUGUGAAACAUAUUUACCUCUUUUGACGAAUGCUUUAAUGGUUAUUCAUGUAUACAGAUUUGCAAAGACUUUUGCAGGCUAAAUUCCCGUUUGUUGACUGAAGGUCCAAUAUAUUUAUAUAACCAAAAUUGUUUUUACAAUGUCGAUGUUCAGAAAUUUCUACACAAAUUCCUAUCCCAAAUGAAAUUUUCUUUAACAAAUGUAUACGAAGGAGUUUAAUGACAUGCUCCUGAUAAAAUUAUAAGAACCGCGCCAUGAGAAAACCAACAUAGUGCGUUUGCGAUCAGCAUGGAUCCAGACCAGCCUGCGCAUCCGCGCAGUCUGGUCAGGAUUCAUGCUGUUCGCUUUCAAAGCCUAUUGCAAUUAGAGAAACCGUUAGCGAACAGCAUGGAUCCUGUCCAGACUGCGCGGAUGCGCAGGCUGGUCUUGAUCCAUGCUGGUCGCAAACGCACUAUGUUGGUUUUCUCAUGGCGCGACUCAUUUGAUUUCAAGUAACACUUUUAGUUCUAGCUGAUUAACACUGAUCAGUCUUUCAAAUCAUUUUUUUUCUUUCGGCCAGUAAAUAGUUCUAGGUUGUUGAAACACAAGGACCGAUGACCUUGUUAAAAACAUAGGAAAAAGUUGUGUUCUCGUGUGUUUUUAUGUGUCUGUCCUGUAGAUAAUGUUUCUUUAAUAUGUAAACAAAAACCGUUGUGUUCUUUGCUUUUUUCUACAUAAACUGUUUCCCGCUUGAAGAGAAUGUUCCUUUAUAUGCAAAUAAACAUUGUAUUCGUUUCUUGAUUCUGGCAUGUCAUGCAGAGAAUGUUGCUUUUAUAUGAUUCUUUUAUAUGUAAUAAUCCAUUGUGUUCUUUGGUACAAGAACCAUGUCAUAUAUGCAGAGAAUACUUCUUUCCAUAAAUGAAAAUAUUGUUAUAUAUGAUUGAUACCUGAUUUUAGAGUCUCGAACCUUAUUAUCAGAUUGGGUGUAUUAUAGUUUUAAAUUGACUUUUUGCUUGACUGUGGUAUAACCUGCAAUCCUGUAUUUACCUCAGAUUCAAGCUCAGUUUCACAACCUGCGAUCCUGUUUGUUAAGCCUCAGGAGAAAUACAGGCCGAAGGUAAUAGAAAGAGCUUCAAGUCUCGGUAAAAUACAGACAGGGUUGCAUGUUAGAAAACUUAGCUUAAAAUCUCCAGGAAAUACAGGACCGCAGGUUUGUUACACUAAGCUUGAAGAUUAGCUUUGUUAUAUUCAAGUUUGUAUAUUCCUGAGACUUCAAGCUAUGUUUUUAGACUGCAGUUCUGUAUUUUUCUGAGAUUACUACACGUUAUAAAAAACAUCAGGCUUUUGCUGAAUUAAAAAAAAAUAUGCUUUUUUAUAUUUCAUUUUAUGUUGUUUUAUAUGAUUAUAAUUGUUGUCAUAUGUCUUUUUAGAAUAAAAUGAUGGUUAUUAACAUGG